AUGGCGGUGGGAGGAAAGUUCGCUACAUCUGCGGAACGAGCAACCGACACUCUGAAGUCCUGGUCUGACCAGUUGAGAACUUCACUUACAGAAGCACUCAAUGAUGGAUCAGCAAGGAAAUGUGGUAUCUUUUCGUUGGUGGUCAGUGUUGCCUUUCUUGCUGGCGCGUUGCUCUUCUGCUCAAGGUCAUCAUCAUCAUCACCACCACCGCCAUCAAACCAAGAUCAUCACUGUAAUGACACUAUUACUAAAUUGGUUCACAACAUGACACAACUCCAGCGUGAGCUCAAGGCCGACAUGGAAAAGCUCCACCAUGACAAUCGCAGAAUUGAGGCUGAUCUUCAAAAGCUCAAGGCUACUCAACCAUGUAUAGGCUCCGCCUCCCACUGGAACCAAGGGCGUUGGAAAGACGAGAGUUUUGUUCACGUGAAAACUACCAGUUGUGGCUUUCCACCAAAUAGCAAACCAACCUACUUUACAUCACUGGCAGGAACAGGAGAUGACAUUGGGUCGACCUAUGGGGCAGCAUCCAUCCGAGAUCCUACACCAAUGGGGUUCACUGUCUACACUACAAUGAUCGCCAUCACCUUGCACCUGAUAGAGCCAACCGGGAUGAUUAUCAUAUUGAGUGGCUUGCUUUUUUGGACUACAAGAAUGGAACACAGGAGUGGGCCACUGUUUGAAGAUGGAUCUAGCGUGAUCAUGGCGAACCGUGGAUAA